AUGCGCUUCCCCGCAAAGCCCCGCUGUGGGACUCUGAACGUUAAUGGCAACGCAGCAUGGCCCGAAUUCGCUCGAGUAAUUUUGCGAUCCAGUUACACUGAAAUCACGUGCUCCAACAUCAGUAAGCGCCGCGGGCGGCGGGCGGGCUCGCGGGCGAAAGUGGACUCUAUCCCCACGCGUUUGGGUCUAGAUUUUAUCGCGUGUAUCGUUCGUUGCGCAAACCGCGGCUCGUGCGAUGUAAUCGUUCAGGAUUCACUCCGCCCCCGAGCCGCCCCCGCCCGCCGC